AGGAUCUAGUGUCUAUACUGUAGCCAAACCAAAGUCUUAAUUAAUGAUUUAAUUUAAUCAUAAAUAUCUACUUCUUAAUUAAGUCUUAAUCUUAGUGACGACUUAAGUUAGUCAGCCAGAGUAGUCAGACUUAGACUUAGUGUCUUAGUCCUAAGCCUAAGCUUACUUACUAACUUAGUGCCUUAGUCUUAGUUAGGCUUUACUAAGGCGUAACUAAGGCUUAGUGUUAGUAAGUUUUUCAGAAAUUGUUAUGUCAAGUAACUACUUAUAAAUAAAAAGAAGCGAUGGGACACUAGAUGGUAAUAUGGAUGAUACAGAAGGACCCAUCAAAUGGAGGAAAUUGGAAUCUCAGAAUAUUGUACAUAGACUUUUUGAAAGAGAAACUCAACUUGGCAGAAAAGGCUUAUGCUUUGUGCAAGCACGCCAGUUUUAUUUACACAUUGUCCCCAAUUUCAGCAUCCUUAAUGUCGAAAAGCCACCUUGUUAUCUGCGUAAAUUUUCACCUGAUGGAAGAUUUUUCAUUGCUAUCUCAUAUGAUCAAACAUCAUUAGAAAUAUAUGACUUUAAAGGGAGUGAAGCAGCUGGAAAUCUCUAUAAAAAUAUUAAAGGGGACAUAAUUCCUGGAUCUGCCAAUAGUGAGGAGGAAUCGACAAACAUUAGGGGAAAAAUAUUUUCUCAAUUCUUGCAGCGGCGGCAUGUGGUCAGAGUUACCGCUGGAGAAGAGGUGCUCAAUCGAGAGUGCAGCUUAUUUACUGAUGACAGUCAGUAUGUCAUUAUAGGUUCGUGUCAUCAGCUUCCAGAAGAAAGUAGCUCUCGGUUCUAUGAUGUCUAUAGAAAUAAUGAAUGCAUAACACCUAAUUAUAGACUAAUACCAGAGGAUUACACAUUAUACAUUAUCCAGUUAAAAACAGGUAUGGUGUGUGAUAGGAGACGUUUCCGCCUCGAUAAAAUUUACUUGUCCCACAACCAGGGCAUAUGUCUCUACGGCAACAUUUUAACUGUAUUGUCUGUCCAGCAGCAGGUCAUCCAUGUCUUUCAUAUCUCGUCCCAGGGGACCUUCAUUCCUGUGAGGACCAUUGGUCGCUUUUGUUAUGAUGACGAUGAAAUAUUCUAUCGUCAAACUUCCAAUCAACCUGCUCGUGCGUUAAACAGACCUUAUACAGACAAGUCCUUAAAUGCACUGAAGCAUCGUCUCUUGGUGUAUUUGUACAAGGCAGCCUGCAAUGGUCAUAUUGACCAGGGCGUACGGUCAUUCCACUGGGCCAUGGAUGACCUGAUGCAUUUACGCAUGGGCAAACUGCAGCUCUUGGAUGAGGAGCAUCUGCUGAUCAAGUAUGCCAUAGAGGAGGUGGUGACCUUUAGGAAUGGUGACCCCUGCAAUAUGCCCUCGUUGUUUGUUGUGUACAACAUGAACACCACGGAGGUCUUAGGUGUCUAUGAACAUACAUCUGCCGAGCUUCUGGAGUUGAUGGAAAAUUUUCAGGAUCACUUUCGGAAUUCUUGGCUGCAUCUUCAGCCUCAGUUUCCAUCCUCGCCAUCAUCAUCGGAACACGCUCGUCGUGUCCAGAACAUGUUUAAGUGGACCUUGAUUGUGGCCAAAAAUGGCGGUAAAAGAGAGGCCAUAUCUCGUAUGCUCACUCAGCUACCAAUCAGUGCUCAGUCCUACAGUUGCUCCCCUUACCUAGAUAACAACUUGUUCAGCUAUGACGACAAAUGGGUGUCGCAGCUUGAGCGGCCAAAGACAUGUGGUGACCAUCCCAUCAGAUUUUUUACAAGGAAUUCUGGGAUGUUGAGAUUCAAAAUCAAUACUGGCCCACCCGAACGGCAAAUAGCACCAAACAAUCGACGCCUUGUUGCUUUUGUCUGUCACCCAACAGAACCUUUCAUAAUCAGCGUCCAGCGGACUGCUGCUGAUUAUAAAGUCAACUUUCACAUCCGUAAAUGUCCAGUAUAGUUCAGAAAGCAAAAAGAAAAUUCAAGAGCUCUGCCCAGGUAUGGCACAUGUUGAGAUCUGCUCAGGAAGUUCUUGGACUGGUUGGAAAAGAAAACAUUGAUUUUGCUACGUGGUUGAUCAUGGUUGGAAAAACAAUAUAAUUCAAACUACAUUUAUUAAUUCAUCCACAGUCGGCGAAGGCUGUAAUGAAUCUCAGGGUUUCAUCGUGUCGCUUCUGCCAUUUUCAUGUACAGACAUAACAACCUUUAACUUCCAAAAAAAUAUAUUUUAAUUUUUAGCAUUACUUGCUGACAUUUUCCUGGUCUUUCAUACAAAGCAAAAAAAAAAACAACAAAAAAACUUUGAGGAAUUCACUGUGCUGUUAGCAAACAAAUGGUGUACAGGAAUAUGAAUGAACCAUUGCAUUUCAAGAUGUUUUUUGUUGGUUUGUAAGUGACUUGCUUUUAAAUAUGCCUGUUUAUAAUGUACAUAAAAAUUAAAAGAGAAUUAUAAUAAAUAAUU